UCUCUUUGCACUGCAGGGAAAGACGGCGUUCCAAUCAAUACUCGCGCCGCCGGCCGAAUGACACAGCCAAGCGGUUCCUUUUUUGCCGGCUCAUCCUUUGUGAGCGGGAGGAAGCAGAUUCGGCGAUGGAACCAUCUUUCUCCCAUUAUUCAGCGCUCGUUGGCCCUCGAUUAGUAUGCACAGAGCGAAGAGAUUUGUGCUGAGCGACAUUCCGGGAAGACGAUGGGCGCGGCACUGUGCAGUGUGGACUGAUGCCAGAGAGGUUGAAGGCUGAAUGGUUCAUUCGGUCAGAUGCGUGUACAAAUCGGCGUUGGCAGAAGGUGUGAGAUUUCAUGACGGAGAAGAACCCCUCUCCUCCAGAGAAAGACAAUAAGGUAACCACUGAGGGAGAUUUUCUGUACUGGAAUUGGACAAACAGCUUUAGCCCAAAGGUGACUGUGCUCUGAGUUACAGCCAAGCCCUUCUUCUCCCCAAAGUGGAAGACAAAGAUAAAGAGGGGAAGAACACAGCAACUUUAUCCCCUUUGCAUGUUUUCUUUAGGUGACAGUGUUGGAGUUCGCUCUGAUUUUACAUGAAAUCGUCCGUUCAGCCCCAAGGCCGAGUUAUGCGGGGGCGGACGCGUCCGGCGGCCCCGGGAGCGCGUGGAGGCUGGUGAGGGCGAUGGGCACCUGAGGCGGGAAGAUGGAGGAGCUGUACAAGGACCCCCAGUCCCUCCCCCUGGACGUGGCCGGCUCCCCGCCGGCCCUGGCCGGCAACAGCUGGAGAACGGCGUGGCCCAGCUGAUCACGGCCGAGGCCGUGGAACAUUAACUCGGCGGACCUGAUGAAGAAGGCCCUCUCGCCCUGGUGAGCGGGCCGGCCCCCCCGAUGCUGACCCGCCGGCCGAGGCCCCCAGCGGGGUGGCCCUCAGGUGGCCGCGGCCGUGCUGGCAGCCCAUCUGCCUGGGGGACAGCCCCGUGGUCCUACCAUUCACUUGCAGGUGGCGGGGGCACGGCGCCCCCCCAGCUGGGCCCCGGGGCCACGCCCUACGUCAUGACCACCAGGGCCGCGGUGCCCCUGCCCGUGCUCUUGGAGCAGCACGUGUUCCAGCACCUCAACUCGCCGCUGGUACUGCCCCAGGGAGCCCCUGCCGCCGCCAACCCCGUGGCCGGAGGCCAGGCCCAGCUCCUGGACCAGAAGCCGCCCGGCCCGGCGGCCCAGGAGCCCGGGAGCUUGCCGCCCGCGUUCCAGAGCCCGGGCUUCGCCGCCGUCCUCCAAGACCUGUUCCCCCCGCCGGGGUCCCUGGGGGCCCCCCCGCCCGACUACGGGGCGCCCGCCCCGCCCCAGCCCUUCGCCUCCCCGCUGUCGCCGCUGGUGCCGCCGGCCACCCUCCUGGUGCCCUACCCGGUCAUCGUGCCCCUGCCCGUGCCCGUGCCCGUCCCCGUCCCCGUGCCCAUCCCCGUGCCCCACUGCGGCGGCGAGUCCAAGCUGAGCCCUGACUUCCCCGCCCCCCCGGCCUCCUUCGGCCCCUACUCCUGCAAGGGGACGCAGACCCCGCUGGAGAAGGAAGAGCUCAAGCCCUUCGCCCUGCUCCCGCAGAGGGAGCUGGCCCAGCUCAGCCGCCACACGGUCAUCAAGAUGAGCCCCGAGAACGAGGCCCUGGACCUGUCCGUGAAGUCCGGGACCCCCGCGCUCCAGAGCCGGGGGGCCGCGCCCGAGGACGGCGCCCUGGACCUGUCCCUCGCCUCCUGCAGGAAGGCGGGAGGCCGGCCCGGCGGCGGCCCGGCCCCGCCGAAGCCGCCCCCCGAGGCCCCGGGCCGGGCGGACGGCGGCCCCGACCUCCCGUGGCAUCGGCAGAAGUGGCCCGGCGACCAGGCCGGCGAGCCCAAGGCGGGCUGCGACCCGGAGACCGGGAACACCUCCCAGGCGGCCAAAGUCAUCGUCUCGGUCAAGGACGCCGUGCCCGCCGUCUACUGCGGCAAGAUCAAAGGCCUCUCGGGGGUGUCCACCAAAAACUUUUCCUUCAAGAGGGACCUGCCCCAGGACUCCGUCCUGCAGUGUUACGCGUCAAGGGCCAGGCCCGAGGCGCGGGAGGGAGUCGAGGCCCUUAGGAAACCUAUGAAAAACCGGAGCGUCAAGUUAAAGAAAAUGAACUCCCAGGAAAUACAUAUUCUUCCCAUCAAAAGCAACGGCUGGCUGCCUUUUUUCCGAGGAAGUAAAUUAUGGCUUUUUAAAGAUUUUUCAGAUUAUAAUAAUUAUGGAGAGAGAGAGAGAGAAGAAAGAGAGAGAUGUACUUGGUUAAAAAUGCAUUUAAAAUGGAAAACUAUCUUUGUAAGUUAUUUUUGGGGGGAACGGGGAGGCGGGGGGGAGGAGGAACAGCUGGAGCAAUUCCCUCGAAGCUGGUUUCGUUCUGUUUUGUUGUGUUUUUUGUUUUUUUUUUUUAAUUUGGGACUUUUCACGAGAGAGUAAAUAAAAGCAACCUAUUUUUCAAGCGGAUUGCACAUUUUUGCAGCUUUAAAGGAGUAACGGAUGAUCAGAGGGGUAAAAGCUAUUUCACUGCCAUAAAGUGCUUUGAUAUGUAAUUCCUAAUAAGGGGUAGAAUGACUAUUUCAAAAUAAAUGUUUGUAUGUGCU